AUGGAGACACAGACUUGGAAUCGGCUUCAGGGCCUCUACUCCUUUGCGAAUACCUCACCCACAGCGCUCGACGGUGAAACCUCGUGUUUUGAACUUGAGAUCGUGGGGCAACCGGUUCAGUGCGAGUCGUCCGUCCUGGUUCGAGUGCAUAUUCUGCAACAUUUGCAAACCACUUUGAGGGAUGGAAGCGUGGUCCCCAUUGCUCUGGAACAUCCGAAUCGAAAGGCGGUAUUGCGUAUGACUUCGGCACAGUGGGCUUCUAUGGGGGUCUUCUGUAGGUACAUACGUGCUUUGUGGACACAGGUCAGGGUCAACGAUACUGUUGUCGUCCUAGACAGUGUUCGGAGCCCCGCUUUCCUGGCGGGGGAUGUUCGGUACCGAAAUGACGACGUCAUUCAUGCCGCGGAAAUCUUCUGCGGGGGCUUCGCAGGCUGGACGCAAGCCGCUUGGGUCUUGAAGGAUGCAGGGUGCCCACUCCAGAUGGAUUGGCUACUGGACAUACAAGAGGACCUAAGAGAGUCGCUGGAGGUUUUGCUUCCUGAUUUGUUGGUUGCCAACACUCCUUUGGAAUUGGAGGAGCACAUGCAAACAGACAACCCCGUCUUUGUUGCAGCGAACUUUGAGCAUACUUGGUGGAAUACUGCUUGGGCUCUUAAACCAGUUGAUAUGGUAGUUUGCUCCCCUCCCUGCCAACCGUGGAGCUCGGCAGGGCAACAGGCAGGAUUGAACUGCCCAGAUGGGCGUUUGCUGAUACAGCUGGCAAACCUUAUGUGCGUAGUUCGGGUUCCGGUUGUGUGUUUGGAAGAGGUUGCAGGGUUCUGUGAGCAUAGUGAUUUUGCAGAGGUCAUGCAGGCCUGGAGGGCGGCAGGUUAUGAAUGUGUCUUCAAGGAAAGCCUUCAGUUGGCGGACGUUCUGCCUACUUGGCGCAGACGAAGCAUGUUGAUCAUGGUCCAUGCGGACCUUGGCCCUGAGGCCCAAAAGCCGCUGCAGGUAAUCACGUGGACUAAGGUGUCGCGCCCAUCGUUGCACGGCAUGCGUGCCUACUUUCCUGUGUUGCCAGAGAAGCUGCUGCAGCCUUGCCGCAUGUCAGAGGAAAUGCUAAGCAAAUACCUUGACCCGUGGUACCUGCCACCCAGCAUGCAGCCCUCGCCUGAGAAUAUGAAGCGCUUUAGGCUGUGUAGUCCUGCCCAGCAAUGCAAGACCUUCAUGGCGGCAUAUCACUAUCAACACGAAUUGCCAGAGGGCCUGCUAUCCAGGAAGGGUUUGCUCUGUAGUUUGCUUCAGGUUGGGGGGACAGUGAGGUUCUUUGCAAGCCCCGAAAUUGCGUCCUGCCACGGCGCACAGCGUAAGCUUUUUCUUGAAAAAGAUGACAGGCAAUGUAUGCAAAAGCUUGGUAACUCCCUUGCAGUGCCCCAGGCUGCCGUUACAUUGGCCCAUGCAACAAGCCUCUUGAUUCCAAUGCACCGCGUUGACCCUGCACUGGCAGCUUCUCUCAGCGUGAAUGGCCGGAUGACCUGUGCCAAUUGUGCUUUGUUCAGGGUUAAGACGGGGUGGCUGAUGGUUCGCCUUGAUGAAGUUGGGGCUAUGUUGGCACGAAAGCACCUACGCCAAGAAAUUGAACUGCACCUGCAUAGUCGCGGCCAGGUCUUUCAUCAGGUCACGGUUCAAGCUGUGCCUAGUGAAGCGCAGGAGUCAGCUUGCCUCCAGGUUCGGUUCUCAUCACACGUGUCGGUUGCACAGGUUCUUGAGGUUCUUGGUACGCAGGCCGUUGUACCGCCGACUGUGAGUGAGGAUGCCUCCCCUUUGAAUGCGGAUGUGGUCACUGUGGAUCAACCGCCUUACUUGCGGCUUGCUGCUGACAUAGUUGGGGACCGUCCCCUGCGUGAGCCGCUCUGUCUGUGCACGCCAGCCGGCCUCUAUGUGGUGCUGCCGGGUACACCGGAUUUUUACCAUCAGCUGAAGUAUGUCUUUGAUGGCUGUCGCCAUCCUGCGGCCCAGUCAGUGAUGUGUCUGACUUGCUUCGGCACGCCGGUGCCUGAUGUCAUGCUUUUUCCCCGGCUUGUCUGUAUUGCCACGGAGGCCCAGGACAUCUAUUUUGCGGGCCCCAUGCUUGGAAUGGGCCAGAUCCGAGACUGUCACCUGCAGAGCAAUGUCGAGGGCUUUCUUCUGCAUGUACCGGCUGAGCAUGCUGUUGCUUGGUUCCUGCAGGCGCCGUGCCACCUUCUUGAGUGCCUGGGCUGGACCAUGCUCACGACUGGUGAUGGUGUCCCAGCAGAUGCUCCGCUCCAAUUCAGCAUUCGGCCCAAUGUUGACUGUCCAGGAGUGCCUGCCAGCGAGGUGCCCGACUAUCUCAGGGAUCUGUUGUUCCUUUCCCAGGUGCGAGCCCAUGCCGCUGCGGCAGAGGCUACUUUGAUUGGCCCUUUCAUGCUUCAAGUUGGCACCCGCACGCUGGGCCAGCUAUCCCUAGCGCCCCGAAUCAACGCGGACAAACUGGAACAUUUCUGGAGGGUUGCUAGUAAUGCGACUGGGUGCUGGCCGGGAGCACAAAUAUUUUCUGGUCCUCGACGGUUGCAUUUUACAACGGUUUUUGAGCAGCUUGGGGAUGCAGCCUUUCAUCGCAACCGUGCCACAGGCUUGCCGGUCUUGACAGUGGUUCCUGAGGUUAGAGGCGGUGGAGUUAAGGAUGAAAACGUUCAGCUCGCCAAAUCCCGGAUUGCCUCUCUUUUCUUGGAUCGGGGGGUGCCUCUUUUGGCGGCCUCCACUGCCACGGAUGCCUUGGUCCCGGCUUUGGGUGCCACUGCGUGUCUGCAGGCAAUGUCUUUGCCUAGUACCCAGGAGCGGUGGCAACAAUUGUCCAAAUCGGCCCAUGCCGUUGGCAAGGACUUGCCUCAAGGAGACAACCGUACGGAGCGUGCGGCCAAUCGCAUCCAGGCGGCUGUUCGCCGGCGGCGCUUAGCGCGCACACAGCACAUUCAGGCCUCGGAGUUUUUGCUUGAGGAAGGGACUUGGUGCGGAAUGGAUGAGUCGCCGGUCCCCAUCUUGACGCAGCUGCAGGCUGGCUGCACUGGGGCCAUCUUGAUUGAUCCCUCAGAGGCCAACGGCCAUGAUCUGGACUUGCUUCGCAACAUGGGCUCAGAAGCGCUCUGUGUGGUUGUACCCGGCCAUUGCUGUCCGGAUGAAGCCACUUGUGCUGGAAAGGUCAGUGUGCCAGUCAGGCACGUGGCCACAGGACAUUGUCAUCUCCUUGCAGCAUGUUACCACAAUGUAGGGGAGACUGAGGUGCACCCCCGCAUACCGCAUGGAACUCAGGUUGCCGUGGAUGGUACUGUCUGCUGUUCUUUCGCCAUGCAUUCUGAUGAUUGCCCUCAGGGCCUCCAGUGGAGUGAUGCGGUGCAAGCUCCGGUGCGCACAGUGGUGCAGCAGUUCCGUGCUAAGGGCCUUCAGCAGGCGCUGUCCCACCCGCGGGGACGUGGUUACCGUGCCAAGGGCCGCCCAAGCAUGCCCAGCCAUGCGGACACUUUCCAGUUCUUUGCGAAGGUUGUGCAAGCGGAUUUGAAAGCGGUCCUCCAGCACAGUGGGUACAAUCACGUGUUUGUCGUUCCCCGCACCUGGGACCGCAAGGUGUUGCCUGGAUGGUCGGUGGUGUGGUUACCUGGCACCAGGCAUGAAUUAGAAAAGCAGGCGGUGGUGGUCCCAGAACAGCAUGGCCUUGUCCGGGGCCGCAGCAAGCUUGGCCUCCGGGUCCCUGCUUCUGACUUCACCAAGGUCUUUGGGCAGUUGCGCCCCGGCGCUCCGACGCCGCUUGCAGUAGAUGUCCGGCUCUUGUUUAAAGGAGGCCCAUUCCCGCAUGCUGCCAGUGCAGACGAAAUCAGCCAAUGGGCAGGGAAGCUGGGUUGGCAAGUGAAGGUUGUAAAGGCCUUGGGCCCACAGUUCUGGUUGCUUGGAUCCGCGAGUGAGCCUCCUGCUUCCACUGCACAUUUCAAUGAUGUGCCGGUGCUCCUCUCUCCUGUGAAAAGCAGGGAUGCCAAACUGCCGAUCGUGCAAGCGGGAGGGCCCCUUCCUUCCAUGCCACGCCGCCCUGUUGCGCGUGACCAUGGUGAAGAAGAUCCGUGGCUGCACAGUGACCCUUGGAGCGCUUACAAGUCCAAGCAGGGCCCGGCUGUGGGUCUAUCGGUGACUCCCUUUACGCCUGCAAAGACUGCUGACCAGCAGCUCACUGCUAAGGUGCAUGAUCAGGAGUCUAAGCUGGCACGGCUUGAGCAGGACCUUCAGGCUCUUCGUGCUGAUCAGGCUGCGGCCUUGCAGAGCCAAGCGUCCGACAAGGCACAAUUGCGCCAUGAGCUCCAGACGGUUCGUGUCGAGGUCCAGGGACUGGGCCAAGGAUUGCAACAGCAAAUGCAGGCCAAUCUUGACAGUCUUCGUGCUGCUAGCGCGCAGCAAGAGCAGCAAGUUGCUGCUGGCAUGGCUGAGCUGAAGGCGCUGCUUCUUGCAAGUACUGAGAACAAAAAGGCACGGACCAGUGCCGACCAUGAUCUGGCUGUCUGGCUAUCCGAUGGCUCGUGCCUCUUGUUCCACACCUUCCUCCUCCAAUCUGGCGCCCCCGGCUUAACUGUGGAGAGCGCAUUGGGGAAGCUUCCCAUCCUGGUCCUGGAUGCUUGCGUGAUCUCCGUGGUCAAUCCGACCAGUGUCUUGCAUAAGGCAAAUCUGUUUUGUGAGAUUCAGGCCGACGUGCUGGCCUUGUCUGAGACUUCGGCUGUCCAGCAGGUGCAAACCAUCACCGGCCGCGCCAUGCAACAACAUGGCUACCGUGUGCACUGGGGCCAUCCAGUGGCUUCACAUUGUAAGGGGAGUGCUGCUGCGCCUAAUUUGCGUGGCCUAGCUGCUGGGGUGGCGCUCGCUGCUCGGCUCCCUUCCAGGUGUUCCCGGCCAGGCCUCCCGGCUGACAUUGCGGCGACAUGUCGCAUCGCUGAAGCUUUUGUACGCCUCGGGCCCCUGGAGGUCCGUUUCAUCAUUGUGUAUGGCCAUCAGGCUGCCAUGUUGGAUGCGAAGGAUCACAAUGAAAGCUUGUUACGGGCGGCCUUGGACCGUGCCACACAGAAUGCGAUGCCGUGCAUAAUUGCGGGAGAUUUUAAUUUGUGCCCGCUGGAUCUGCCCUCCGGUCAGUGCUUCGCUCGACUAGGGUAUCAGGAGAUUUUUCAAUUUCACCUCAAGCGCACGGGCGUGGCCCUUCCUCCGACCUGCAAGAACAGCACGAGACAUGACACAGCCCUGCUGCAUCCUUCAUUGGUGCCAUUGUGGGAGGGGGCCUGGGUGCUCUCAGGACGCCAUCUUUUCGACGCGCAUGAUCCAUUGUGUUUCCGACUUCGGCUGCCCCAUUGCAAACCCUGUAGGCAUGUCUGGAGGCUGCCGCGCUCCUGGUCGGAGUUGGGGGUGCAAAAAGACCAGCUGCAGGCUUCUCUUGAGCCUGUUUGUGAGAAGCUCCGCCUCUUGGCGGAUCAGUGUGACUCGCCAGAGGCCGUGGACCUGGCAUUGCAAACUUUUGCUACUGCGACGGAGCGAGCUGUGGAUGUGACGCUGCGCCGUCAGCACCACUUGGAUCCAGUGAGAUGCCCCCACCGUUUCCUUGCCAAGGCUUAUCGCGGUCGGUGCCAGCCGCGCCGGUUGGUGAAGAGUGAACUUCCUAGCUUGGCCCGCCCGGACCGAGGAGGUGGCUACGACCCCGAUGUCGAGGUGACAUCUGUCCUUGGUCGUUUGCGUGUCCGGCAGGUUCGCCGUAUACAUACCUUCUGUAAGGGCCUUGUUAAAGCCAACGGCACCGGAGCACCGCUUUCCAGCGUCCAGCACCGGCAACUGUGCCAGGAAUGGGCCGCCAUUGGCCGAGCUGCAGGGUACGCGCCUUCCUUUCCACAGUGGGUACUGCAGGUUGCAUGUUUUCAUCACUUUCCGGAAUGCUUGCCCGACCUUGACUGGCUCCGUGAUCUGCUGCAGUAUGUCCGAUAUGAUCGCGAUGCUCUGGUACGACAACAGGCGCGUGCCAGAGCUGACAGCUUCAAGUACCAUGUCCAGUUGGACCAGACGGAUGGCCAUUCGCGAAAGGGUUAUGCGGCCCUUCGCCCUCCACCAAAGCCAGCCUUCGUUGAGGUCCCGGUGACCGUGACCUGUCCGGUUGUGGCCUCUGACAUUGCGUCCGAGGGUUGCCGUGCCUAUCGCUUGGAUAAACCCUGUGCUUUCCGCGCGGGUUCCCCAGCACAGCUUGGAGCAAGCGCUUGCCAGGUCAAAUCUGCAGAGGGGGCCGAAGUUGUGCUGCAGGGCUUGUGGCUACCUGCUGAGGGCCAGCUCAGCCAGACCAGUGUCGCGUGUACCGCGGAUGAGCUUCAUGAGGCUUUCGUUGCUUACUGGGGGCCAAUUUGGCAGCGUGAUGUUGCGCUUCCGCAUGAUGACCUGGCAGAUUGGCCUCGGUUUCGCGAUAUCUUGACUGACCUGAAUAUAAGCCUUCCCCCGCUUCAACUUCGCUCUUUUGCGCCGGAUUUGUGGCGACAGGCCAUACAGAAAAUGGCCAAUCGCAAGGCUACUGGGGUUUGUGGCUGGUCCCCAGCGGACCUGAAACUCCUACCUGAUUGUGCCCUGGAGGUCCUGAAUGCAAUCUUUCAUCAGGCGGUGACGUGUGGACUACCACCACACAUGCUGCAGACACGAGUUGGGGUGUUGUCUAAGGUUGAGCAGCCGUGCGGGAUGCAUCAGUCACGGCCCAUUGUCAUCUUCUCCUGUCUUUAUAGGGUUUGGGCGUCGGUCAUGGCAAAGCAAAUCUUGCGCCAAUGGGCCCCCCAUUUCCCGCGGGCGAUCGCUGGCUCCAUGCCCCAACGAGCAUGCCGAGAUGUCAGUUAUAGAGAACAAUGGCGCAUCGAGGCUUCCCUGUUGUCCUCUUCGCCUCUGCUUGGCCUCUCAAUUGAUAUCAUCAAGUGUUUCAACCAGAUAGGUUGGGCCCCGGCGGGUGCCGUACUCCGACAGUUGGGCGUCCCAGCUGAUGUUGCUGCAUUUUGGGUGGAUUGCCUCAGGCGGCACAGUCGCCGGACAGUGUUUUGUGGCAGCCUUUCAACUGAUCUUUCCUGCUACAAUGGAGCUCCGGAAGGAGAUCCCAUGAGCGUGGUGGUAAUGGCGGGCAUCUGCUAUGUAGCGGCUCAGGCCUGUGCCACGCCCCAAGUUGACUACGAAAGCUAUGUCGACAAUUGGUGCUGGCUGAGUGAGUCUCGUAAUCAGAUUGCCGCCGUGAUCCCGAAAGCGUUGUCCUUCCUGGACUGCCUCGCCCUGCCCAUUGACUUUACCAAAAGUUAUGUCUGGGCCACCAAAAGACCUGACCGCAAGUGGUGGCGGACUGAAGCCACUGCUUUGUUCCCGGAAGGGUGCCUGCCAAAGCUGGUCACUGAGGUCCGUGACUUGGGGGUUGCUUUUAAGUUUGACCGCCACGGGCACCGCCUAAGCCGAAACCACCGCCUGCAAGCGGGAUACGAUCGUCUGGAUCGGCUCCGCCAACAACCUCGUGCUGUCCUAAACAAGGCGCAACUGGUUCAGACGGCCGUCUGGCCGCAGUGCCUUUAUGGAUCCGAAGGUCAUUUGCACUCUCUUGCAGAACUUGCCAACUUGCGUGGAAAGGCUGCCAGGGCCAUUGUUGGACAAUACAAAAUCAUGAGUCCUCAUCUCGCGAUGGUUGCGCUUGCAGAGGUUGUGCAGGAUCCUUUUGUCUACUGCUUGGAGCGCCAGCUCAGUGCUUUCCGGCGGGCCUGCCUUUUUGACCCUGAGACUGCCCUUGAGGUUUUGCAAGUUGCUACAGCAGAACAAGGCCCUAGCCGCGCGCAGGGCCCGGCUACGGCUCUGCGGCUUUCUUUGGACCGCCUGGGUCUCACUUUGCAAGCUGAUACGUGUCUCAAGGGAUUAGAUAAUUCAAGGGUUCGGUUGGAUACUUGUUCCAUGCAGGAAGUGCGCGCAUUGUUGCAUCGCAGUUGGGCUCUCCAUGUGCAGGGCCUUGUGUCCCACCGUAACGGCCUGUCACAGGCUUCUCCAGUGUACUCCCCGCCAGUGGUGCGACUGCUGGCCAAGUUGACAGGCCCUGAACAGGCUGUGAUAAUGCGACAUGUCACAGGGUCCUUCUCGUCGGCAGCUGCCAAGCGGCUGUGGGCUGAUGACACGGAUGGUAGUUGCCCGCUGUGUGGUCAGCGUCAGACCAAGUACCACAAAGUUGUUGAGUGCCCUGCAUUGCAGGAGGUCAGAGCUGACUGGUUGCCCCAUUUGCGGCUGGUUUUGGAUAGGUGGCCUAGUUGGGUUCAUUGUCCUGUGACAACACUGCCGGAUGAUUUGGAGGUCCCGCAGCUGGUUUUUCACACGCGCAGACUUCCUGAACCUGUUGUCAACUUUGCUGUAUGGCCUCAGUUGCGUCGAAGGAAUUUCCUGCGCCUGUAUACAGAUGGCUCCUGUCGCCAUUCAGGGGUCAGCUUGGCGCACCAUGCAGGUUUUGCCGUGGUCUUGGACACCAGUGCUGACGAUGCAGUGGCACUGGAGCAGCUGCAACAGUGGCGAGAAAAAACAGUGGUGCCCACUGCUUUCACUGUCAUUGUCCAGGGCCUCGUCCCAGGGCACCAGACCAUUAACCGAGCGGAGUUGUGUGCGGUGUUACAAGCUAUACGGGCUGCAUGGACCGGCGGGUUUGUCGACUUGGAAAUCUGGACUGAUAGCCAGUACGUCCUCCAGUUGUGGCAGGCUGGCAGUGCGUCCCCGGGGGAUCCUAACUAUGACUUGAGUGUCCAGCUCCUGCACUGGAGGGCCCCCAGCAUCCGGCUGCGGAAAGUUGCAUCGCAUCAGAACCUUGAUACUCUGACUGGCAUGGCGCAAUGGCAUGCGGCCGGGAACCAUGUGGUUGACUUAGCUGCAAAGGCGGCGGUCCGCGCUGACUUGGACCUCGUGACCAAUAUACUGGAUGCGGCGGCGCAACAUGUUUCUAGCCAGACAGAUGUGCUACUUCUUUUCUGGCGGUAUCUGCUUGCGCUGUCCCUUGCAGAGAGUCGCCUUCUGCGACUUCAGCAGGCCCCGCCCUUGGGAUCCGAAGAAUUGCCGACUGCAGGACAGGAUGAUGAUGCCGGUGCACAGCAACAGCGACGCGGCCUUCAAAGCUGGCUUUGUUUGAACCAAGGGCAGUCCGCCGUGAGCAAUCUGCCUGACUUGAUGCGCCCUGUUAUGUUGGCCUGCUCAUGGCCGCCAUGGUUCACGGUUCCGUUGUGGAAGUGGCUGCGAGCCCUACGGUGGCAGUCGCUCCCACCACGAAGCCGGGCGCCUGAUGGUGUCACCUAUUUGGAGCUGCUCGUGGAUUUCGUGGUCUCGACAGGAGUGGUCCCGCCGGAGAGUCUUGAACAGGCAGUGUCGGUUUCAGUCCCCCAGACAACAUGGCCGCGACCGGUUACAACCAGAACAUGGACCCAUGUUUUGGUUGAAGCCGUUCGCCAGUUGGAACGUUUGAGUCGCUUGCAGAUAUGGGGCCCCAAGCGCAACAAGGUGUUCUCGCUUCGGCAUCUUCAGGUUGCUACUGCACGGCAUGGCUUACCCUGCCGUCCGAUUUUUCAGCAGCCACGUGUUGUGGGAGAUCUUUUGCAAGCCGUUCUUCGACAAGGGUCAACAACACCGUUGCAGCAGUAUGUUCGAUGGUAUACCGGCCCCUGGCACCACGAUUCUGCCAUUCAACAUGAUUGGCAGACUUUGACUACCGCCAAUCGUGCGGCUUUAGCUAAGGACCUGCGGAAGACCCGCAGGCUGUGA